AUGGUUCCGCCCUUGUUCAUCGCCCAAGAGGCCUUGUGUUUUUACCCCAUCAGCACAAUAUAUGACUCAUGCCCUCGAUACCUUUUCUAUGCUCUACUCCUAGCUAGCUGUCUCACGCGCUGGACAGGAUGGUUGGCAGACGUGUUUCUGGGAGCUGCCGCGGCAUAUGCUGGCACGGCAGCAAUUGAAGCAUUCAUCUUGGUGUCAAGCGAUCGCAUAUCGCAAGAGCCCACCCUAGUCACUAUCCCAUUUGUGGCCGAGAACAGUACACUGUGGAGCAGUUUUCCACAGCUCGUCACACAGACAGACCAGAUUAUCCUGCAGCCCAGCGCACUUGAGCUGGAUGGUGAUGCCGUAAUGGCGAUAGUAGUCACCGGCUAUCUCGUCUUUCUCCCAUUGCAAUGCUGGUCUCGCGUGUUGACACAGGAGCGGGCUCGAAACCUUCUGUUCUAUCUCUGGAAUAUCCUAAUGCUUGCGGGGUCCAUUUGCGCCCUGGUGUGCGCAGCUAAAAAUCGAGAAGUCCCGACCCAGUACAUGUUCUGUUACCCCGAUGUCCCACCAUACGAGUCUACGUCCAGCGAUGGGUGGGAGAACUUCUGGAGGACCUCAACGUGGAACAGCAGUGUUUGGGACACAUUCUCAAAUGUCACGAAAUGGGGCGAGAUCGGUGAUAUCUGCUACAAUCCGUGCUUCAAUACUAGCCAAAUUCUCCGACAGGCAACCACGUUGGAAUCCUGGGUCCUAGAGAGGGGAUCUGAAUCAUCGCAUGGAAAUCGCUUCUGGGAUAAACUCAUCUAUUCCAAUCGAUAUAUCUACAGCCUGAUUAUUCUGUGCUUCAUCCUGAAUAUUGUUCUUUUGACUUUCAAAUUCCUGCCUUACAGGUCGAGAAUUCCAUCUGCUCAGAUUGUGGUCAUUUGGAAAACAAGGAAGGAUAUUUGGAAGAGCUUCAAAGAUGAGUUUCAAGAAUCACUAUCGAUCCCAAGAAAUGGAAUCGAACCAAAAGAAACAUAUAACACGAAGAACUCGAAGUCUUGCUGGAAUGGUAUUCGACCGUUCUUCACUAUCCGCUUUCUCAGAGCAUUCCUUCGCAUCAUAGCGGACCUGGGUAUAUUGUUUGGUCUUUUAUUCAGUAUGAUUAUUAGCCCACUGACAAUCAUUGGUUUCGUGGCAUGGGUUGAAUGGUGGAUCCACAACGAUGGCCCGUCACAGGAAAACCCGCAACAGGUUGGCCAAUGGUCAUACUUGGUUUCAAUCGGACUACUGGUAAUAUCCGCCGCUAUCCUCACGCUAAAGUAUCGACUGGCUUCAACAGCGGAGUUGGAUAAUGAGAUAGAAACGCUAAGAGCACACCUUGAGAAGUUGGAGGAGAGACGAGAUGCUCGAAUGGAGGCACAGACAGCUUCAUUAACGGCAGAGAAUAGUCAAGACCCGUAA